UCCGUACACGAAUGACCGUCGACGAACUCUGGAGGCUAGGCCGCUGGCCGCUGGGUCGGUUUGAGAAGGUGGAUGUACUGUAUAAGGGCGCCCUACGACUCGCGCUGACUUCAGAUUGAGCAAGCUUCUCCUUUCCCAAGUUGGCUUACUUGCUGAGCGAGGGCUGCGUGCAAGCUUGUCAGCAACUCAUACGCCGCACCCCUUCGACCUUCGCCAAACGGCCUCAUAUUCUUCUGCGGGCUACAAAAACCAGCAACAACAUCACGCCGUGUCCAAAUCAUGGAAGGUCGGACUCGCUGCCGUCAUCCUUGCGGCUGGCGGUGCGUUGACAUACCAGAUAGUUGACCCGACCACCUUGGAGAAGUUUCAACGGAGCUAUAUCUUCUGGUCAAACAUGUUUCCGGUUUACGUCAGGUAUCGAUGGGUGGAAUGGAAGACCAAAUCUCUGUCUGAGGAGGCAAAAUCCCGAGAAUUCGAGGCUCUACAUGCCAAAGAUGCGCCAAAAGUCUUGGAGACCAUCUUGCGUCUAAGAGGCAUCUUCAUCAAGAUGGGCCAAUUCGCUUGCACACGGGCCGAUAUCCUGCCCGAAACAUAUCGAAACACCCUCUCCUUUCUUUUCGACCAGGUCCCACCUCUGCCUGGACCUGAAGUGAGGCGGAUUUUGGAGCAGUCUCUGGGGAUGCCAUUGGAUGAGGUUUUCGAUCUCUUUGAUGAGAAGGCACUGGGCUCGGCUUCGGUUGGGCAAGUGCAUCGAGCCACGCUGAAAGCUGACGGGAGAAAAGUGGUCGUGAAGAUGCAGUACCCAGACGUGGAGAGUCUCUUCCGAACGGAUUUCCAGACUCUCCAUGCGUUCUGCAAACUUGCUCAACCGGAAUUCCUUCCCGUUUUCGACGAGAUCGAAAAGCAAUUCAUGUCGGAACUGGACUUCGAACGCGAAGCUGCAAACUUGGCGAUAGUAUCUGCGAAUAUGAAAAGGCACUAUCAUGACCAAGUCGAGGUUCCCGAACCUAUAUCGUCCUUGACCCGCCCAAACGUCAUUGUAAUGACGUACUUGGACGGUAUCAAGCUCCUUGACGGCAUCAAAGCUCACGUUGAGAAGAUGGCUUCCAGAAUGGGCGUGCCGAUGUCUGUAUUGCUCGAAGAACUACGAAGUGGAUCUUCUCAACAAGCUCAAAAAGACUCAGAUCAGAGCGCUAAGGCGGGGCCCGUCAUCAACUCUAAAGAUAGAGUUCGAGAGCUACGACGUAUCGCCCGCUUAGCGAGGUUUGCAGUUUUGACCGCCUGGGAAGAUUAUACUUUACCCUUGGCAAGAACUCUCUGGAACUGGACCGUGGGUGUCAUUCCUGCACUUCACUGGAGGGUAGUCCCGUCGUUGGACUUCAAAGGCAUCAUGUCCACCCUCGUCAAAGUCCACGGCCACCAAGUUCUUGUCGACGGCGUCUUCAACGCCGACGCGCACCCGGGCAACAUUUUCCUCCUUCGCGACGGCCGGAUCGGCCUCAUCGACUACGGGCAAGUCUCCAACCUCACCCCCGAGCAGCGCGUGCAAUACGCGAAAUUGUACCGCGCGCUAGCUGACAACGACAAAGAGGCGGUGGAGAAGACAUUCACGGACAUGGGCUUUAAAAGCGAAAAGAUGCUUCCCGAGGUCGUGUACAAACAAGCCGUGAUCAAUCUCGAUCGCGACGGGCCGGAUGUCAUUCCCGACCCGUCGAUGAACCUACAGCAGUAUAACGAGUACCUGGCGAAGGUGGACAAGACAAUCACGUUCCCUGAAGGGUCGUUGAUGAUAGCUAGAUGUUCGAUGUUGUUGAGAGGGAUGGGGACGCUGUUAGGUCUGCCUCCUGUUAGUAUCGCCCAAGGGUGGCGACAGUUCACCGAGGAACAGGUGUAGGUUGCUUGACACCCUUUCUAUUUGAACUCCCGGCGUAUGCAUUCUAGUCUCGUAUUAGAUUGAAACGCCCCUUCGACAUCUGAAAUUCAAUCUCAUCGGGUUGGACUUCGCGAAACAGUAACAUGUGUCAGCGCAUCAGCGCUUCUUUAA